AUGGGAAGAGUCAGUUCAAAGCUUAUAAAAAAUGCAUCCAAGCAGUUUGUUGAGAAACAUUACGGAAACCUCACAGUUGACUUCUACGAGAACAGAGAUGUUCUGGAAGGUGUGUCCAUCAUUAAGGGAAAGAGAGUAAGAAACAAGAUCGCAGGGUACUCCACCAGACUCAUGAAGAGAAUAAGAUACGAGAAGGUAAAGGGUGUGUCUAUUAGAGCCCAGGAAGAGGAGAGAGAAAGGAACGACAACUACGUCCCAUCUGAGAGUAUCAUUGACGUCGAGAGAAUCGAAGUUGACAACGUAACAAUGGAAAUGAUAAAGGCAGUUGGACUAACAGGCAGCUUCUUUGUUCCAUCCAACGAGGCAUAA